AUGUACGUCUUCCAGUUGUUCGAUCACUACUCUGGAAGCGGAUCUGUAUUGCUACUGGUUGUCAUAUGCGAAUGUCUGGCUAUUGGGUGGCUGUACGGUAAGUAACAAUCCAACCCAAUUACAGACUGAAUUAAUUGAAUCAGUAUGCGUAUCACCCUUUAAGGAAGUCUGAUUCUGCUCCCAGGGGGUGCGGAGGCGGGGAGGCAGUAAAGAUAUAAUUUCCCUUUUACCUUUCUUAGACAGGGAGGUUGAAAGGCUCACGAUAAAUUGUCGAAGUAAAAUUACAGAAUGCUUAUCAUGGGGGUGAUCUGUGAUAGAAUAGUAUCUCCAUUGAAGAAUGAUGAUAUUUAGGCUUGCUUAAUUUUUAAAAAACUGGGUUGGUUCCUGGGGCAUUGGAAUCGGGGUCAUGUAUUAGCCGUGAGAUUUCACCUACUUUAUUCGAGUUUAAUUUCGCAGUUUUGGCGAAACAAUAUUUCUCAGGGUUUUGUUUUCGCGAUUUCAGCAGGCAAAUAUUAAAACAGGGCAUUAAAUUUCGCGGUUCAAGCUCUUUCAACCUUAUUUUGUUUUUCAAAAUUUCUUAACUUUCGACGACUGCUCGAAAGAUAUUCCUAGGAAUUUGUUCGAAUCUAGCUAUUGAAAUAACUAGCUUCUAAUUGGCUAGUUAGCUCACUUGAUAGAGCACUUCACCGGUAUCGCAGAGGUCAUGGGUUCAAAUCAAGAGAAAUAUCACUGUAUUAUCUUGGUUUAAAUCCCGUACAGGUCUUAAUUUUUUUAAGGCCUCGUAGUGCCAAGUAGUGUUCAUUACUGCGAAGAUUACUUUUAUAUUCAUUUCUCAAUCCGAAGUUCACAUAAUGAUUUUUAUAUAUUUACAGUCAUUUAUUUUCUAUUUAUUUGCGAAAUCUUUGCAAAUUAUCUCCAUUCACGACAGAAGUUACAAAAUAGAACUUAACAAAGAGACCAGUUGAUAAUUUGUGUAUUUGUCGAUACAUAUCUUCUUUGUGUUAUGUUUAAUCACAUGUUAAGAUUUUAAUUCUGUGAUUUGAAUUUUCUAUACGGAUAUUACAUUUCUCGUGAUGAAAUUCCGCAAAGAUUUUAAAUGUGUGAGUCUUUAGUUUCGCGAUUUUUCGGAAAACCGCGCAAAACUCAGAAUUUAUUACCCGCGAAAUUAAAUGCGAAUGACAAGACGAUUUCAUUUUAUCAACUGAAUUGAUAAUGUAAAUUAGCCACCGCAAAGAGUUUCAAAGCCGACGUUUUGAGUUUUAGCCCCUUGUCAGAGCAAAUAAGCGCGAAUAAGGCAAGUUGUAAGAUUGUUUUGCUUUUGAGUUCAAUGAAGUUGUGUCUCGGAGUAAGACCACAAAUAUGACCAAAAGAGGUCGAAGUUUUACACCUUCUUGUAGUCCCUUCAACGUAUCAGUUCCCAUAAGUCAUUUGCUGAAAUACUCUGAUAAAACACUGAGGAAACCUCCAACAAAACGCACGUUUGGUGUGUUGUUGCUUUCAUAUUUAUAUCAAAACGUGCAGCAAUGAAGAUUUAUGUUUUAAACUAAACACAGGUCGUAAUCGUUUCUACGACAACAUGGAGAGUAUGCUGGGAUUUCGAAUCAAUCCAUGGAUCGGUUGGUGUUGGUGUUUUUUCGCGCCCAGUUUUUGUGCGGUGAGUUUACGGUACAUAGUUUUUAAAAUGUAAAGAUUUUCGAAUAACGUAUGAAUAGGUAAGAACUUACUACAAAGAGGGACAGAUUAGGGUUAGCUCCGAUGAAAAUUACCUCAUACAGUCCCCUCAUGCUGUUGAAACAGGAUUAAAGUCUGGCAGUAAUAGGCCGCUUGGCCCGUGGGACAUAAUCCUCGUAGUUAGAACAUGGUAGAGUCGCUAAACAAGCUGGGACUCUAAUUAUGUAUUAACUUUUGUUGCAGUUCAUUUUCAUCUUUAACCUGAUUACGUAUCAGCCCAUGAGUUAUGGCAAGUACGUUUAUCCAGGCUGGGGCCAGGCUUUUGGUUGGUUGUUGACGGCAACCUCGCUAACCUGUAUCCCGGCUGUGAUGAUAUACAAACUGAUCAAGACCACAGGAACAAUCAGAGAGGUACAUGAUUCAGUCAUUGUGGGGUCGCAGUUGGACAUUUUCUAUUAGUGCGCGCACAGACGUAGGAAAUGAGUACAGAAGUUGCGAAAAUUCUUAGAAUGCCUUCCUCGGCGACCCGCGUCACAUACCUUGAAAGAGAGACAAAUCUAAUCAACCCUUUCACUCCCAGAUAAAAUUUGUAAUUCUCCUUACCGUCAACCAUACGAUUCUUUUAAUGUUAGUUCAGAGAAUUUAGUAUUAGAUCAAAUAAUUAUCCCCAAAUUGAUAUUGUUCUUUAUUCUCAUCACUUAUCUUGUUGAUAUUGUAUUUAUAUCGUAAGGAGAAAUUCUGUCUUGGUCACUCAUGGGAGUUAAAGAGUUAACAAAUAUUUUCAAUGCUACCUUGCGUUUGUUAAGUAAGGAUCACAGAUGACGUCAAAAUGUGGUAAGAACAAAAAAGUUGCACUCGAGGCGUUUUCCAUUAUGAUCUCUUGUGAGUACAUAACAACGGGGCAACUGACCUAAGUAGUUAGUCGACGCAGUAAUAAUUGCAUCACCCUAAAAUCAUGGAAUGAGACAUUUGGUGAUAGUUUUACUUUAUGUGAUGAGAUUUCAGUGAGUUGUAAGUUUUCUUUUAUUGCCAGCGUUUGAACAAGCUGAUUAUACCUGAGAUUGAAGAGAAAAGGGAUGAAAUUGAACUUGAA